AUGGAUUAUGCCAAAUCCCUGAGCCUGUGCCUGGCUGCCCCUGUCUCCAAAUGUGUCUCAGCGAGUGCUUCCAUGACCCAGCAGCUUCUGGCCCGCCCAGACCACCGACCCGCUCAGAGUGCCCUGCUGGUCCCGGGUCCCAUCUCGCUGGUGCUGGAGGAGGACGGCACAGCGGUGGAGACGGAGGCUUUCUUUCGGACGCUGGAGGAGGGCACGGUGCUGAUGGCCCUCAGCAAGGGGCAGACCUGGGCUGCCUCCAAGACUCCUGGCUACCAGCUGAGCCUGUCCCGUAAGCCCCCUCGGAGGAUUGACGUCGCCUGCGUCACCUUUGAUCUCUACAAGACCAACCCACGGGACCUGGGAUGCCUUAAUGUCAAAGCCACCCUCUAUGGCACCUACAGCAUGUCCUACGACCUGCAGUGCUACGGGGCCAAGCGGCUUAUGAAGGAAGCCCUGCGGUGGACGCUUUUCACUAUGCAGGCCACUGGCCACGUCCUGCUGGGCACCUCCUGCUACAUGCAGCAGCUCCUGGAUGCCACUGAGGAGCCCAAAGAGGCCAAGGCCACCCCGGCCCUGCAGGACCUCCUGCCCCAGGGCCGUCCCCCUGUGCCCUGCAGGAAGAUGCUGCAGUGA